AUGUCGUCCUCCUAUGAUGGGACGGGUGUCCAAUACUGCGAACUCAAGAACUUCACGUUCCAGAACCAAGCGACUCUCCCCGUAAUCAAAAUCGCGUAUCGAGAAUUCAAUGCAAGCGCACAGAAAGUGGCCUUGAUUCCGACAUGUUUCCGAGGCAGGAUCAACACGACUCUUAACUUUACGUCGGGGGCAUUGAGCGACUAUCGUGUGAUCGUGGUAGCCCUGCUUGGUAACGGCGAAUCUUCCAGUCCCUCCAACACCGAAAACUUCCCUUCGACUCUUGACUACCGAGACUGUGUUCGAGCUCAGCAUCAGCUGUUGACGGAACAACUCAAGAUCCAGUCCAUCGAUGUUGUGGUGGGGUUUUCGAUGGGCGGCCAGUGCGCUUAUCACUGGUCUGCGAUGUAUCCGCGGAUGCUCCGUGCCGCAGUCAUCAUCUGCUCCUCUGCCAAGACCAGUCUGCACAAUUACCAGUUCCUCGAAGGACCAAAGGCCGCACUGACUCAUUCGGUGGACUACAAUGACCAGACCCUGCGGUCACAAGCGGGCGGACCCUUGCGCGGGCUACAUGCCUUUGCUCGGGCCUACUCGGCCUGGCUGGCAAGUGCCGACUGGUUCGAACAGCGUCUGUUCGAAAAGCAAGGCUUCAAAUCCCUUGAUGAAUGGAGCCAGGCAGGCGAUCAAGGCUAUGACGACUGGCACCCGGAUAACCUUCUUGUAAUGCUGGAAAUGUGGCAACGGUCUGACAUCGGAGCCGUCUUGGGAUCCGAUUCCACGAAACUCCCAGUCGAACAGGCGCUGCAGAAGCUGACAACCCGAAUUCUUCUUAUGCCAUGUCAGACCGACCAGUACUUCACCGCAGAGUUCAGUCGAAGAGAGGCAUCGCAUCUGAAGAACGGGGAGCUUGCAGUUAUUCCGUCUAUUUGGGGCCACAUGGCGGGUGGCGGUACGAAUGCAGAGGAUUCGGAGUGGAUGGACCAGGCUAUUGCUCGCUUCCUUGGUAGCGGGCUUUGA